CGGGGCAUCCCCACCCCCCCGCCAGCCCCACCGCCUCCCCGUUGCCCCGCUGCCGAGGCCGUGGAGAGAGGGGGGGCGGGAGGCUGAGGCGGCGGGAGAAGGGGGAAGUGUGCGAAAGGAGGCGGGGAGAGAGGGCGGCGGCGGCGGGCGGGCAGCCCGGACGGAAGGAAAGGUGGUUGGAUUUAAUGCGUUUCCUUGGGGUCGGAAGAAACUGCCGCCGGCUGGAUCUGGUCUAGGCGCCCGACAGAGAAGAAUGUUGGCUUCGAAAGCUCAGGGAAGAAGCAGAAGGGAGAAGGAAGAAACACAGUGUGCCUGAAAAUGACCUCAAAGCGGAAUUUGUUUGUGCGGCUGGUGCCAUGCCGCUGCCUGCGUGGAGAGGAGGAAACAGUCACUACACUUGAUUAUUCUCACUGCAGCCUGGAACAGGUGCCUAAGGAGAUUUUUACUUUUGAAAAGACCUUGGAAGAACUCUAUUUAGAUGCUAAUCAGAUUGAAGAGCUUCCAAAGCAACUUUUUAACUGUCAGUCUCUGCACAAGCUGAGCUUGCCAGACAAUGAUCUAACCACAUUGCCAGCAUCCAUUGCAAAUCUCAUUAAUCUCAGGGAACUGGAUGUCAGCAAGAAUGGCAUACAGGAGUUUCCAGAAAAUAUAAAAAACUGUAAACUCUUGACAGUUGUUGAGGCCAGUGUAAAUCCAAUUUCAAAGCUUCCAGAUGGAUUUUCCCAGCUUUUAAACCUAACGCAGCUGUACCUGAAUGAUGCUUUUCUUGAGUUUUUGCCAGCGAAUUUUGGCAGAUUAACUAAACUCCAGAUAUUGGAACUUAGAGAAAACCAGUUAAAAAUAUUGCCAAAAACCAUGUCCAGACUGACUCAGCUGGAGAGACUGGACUUAGGAAGUAAUGAAUUCACAGAAGUGCCUGAAGUGCUUGAACAACUGAGUGGGUUAAAGGAGUUUUGGAUGGAUGGUAAUAGACUAACACUUAUUCCAGGGUUCAUAGGCACUUUGAAACAGCUGACCUACUUGGAUGUUUCUAAAAACAACAUUGAAAUAGUUGAAGAAGGUAUUUCAGCUUGCGAAAACCUGCAAGACCUCCUGUUAUCCAGUAAUUCACUUCAGCAACUGCCAGAGUCCAUUGGUUCCCUGAAAAAGUUAACAACACUUAAAAUUGAUGAAAACCAGUUAAUUUAUUUGCCGGACUCCAUAGGAGGAUUAAUAUCAGUAGAAGAACUGGACUGUAGCUUCAAUGAGAUUGAAACAUUGCCUUCGUCAGUUGGGCAGCUCUCUAAUAUAAGGACAUUUGCUGCCGAUCACAACUUUUUAACACAGUUGCCGUCAGAGAUUGGAAGCUGGAAGAAUGUGACAGUGUUGUUUCUGCAUUCUAAUAAGCUUGAAUUUCUCCCUGAAGAAAUGGGUGAUAUGCAGAAAUUAAGAGUCAUCAAUCUGAGUGACAAUAGACUGAAGAAUUUGCCAUUUACCUUCACAAAACUGCAGCAGCUCACUGCUAUGUGGCUAUCAGACAAUCAGUCUAAACCACUUAUUCCUCUUCAAAAAGAAGCUGACCCUGACACACAGAAAACAGUGCUUACUAAUUACAUGUUCCCCCAGCAGCCGAGGACCGAGGAUGCAAAAGGAGAAAGCUUGUGCUGCUUUAACAGAAAUGGAGGGGGGACACAUAUCAACGGAAAUAAUUGGAAACUGACGAGUGACAACAUCUGCUGUUCCAUGGAACAAGUGUCUAGUACACUGAAAGGAGUAAUCAAAACUAUCAGCAAAACCAUUAUGUUCAUAUCUGAUAAUGAAAGUUUCAAUCCAUCUCUGUGGGAGGAACAGCGGAAACAGCGUGCUCAGGUGGCAUUUGAGUGUGAUGAAGACAAAGAUGAGAGAGAGGCACCGCCUCGGGAGGGCAACCUGAAGAGAUAUCCAACUCCGUAUCCUGAUGAACUGAAGAAUAUGGUCAAAACAGUCCAGACAAUUGUACAUAGGCUAAAGGAUGAAGAAUCUCCUGAAGAUACUGCCAUGGAGUCAAAACGAGAAGGCCAGACAGUUUCUGUAAAAGAUGUGGGGGUAAAGACUUCAGAAAUUGCUUCAAUAAAGAACAAAGCAGAUGAGAGAAAGCAGUAUUCAGCAGGAAGCUCUCUGCAGAAGCCUACUGAACCAGAAACUGAGCACAGCACCACAAAUUCACAGAUGACCGCACUUGUUAAAACCUUGCAGAACACAAAAACAAUUGUCAACCAUGAAGACACACUUGAGCAGGAGUCAGAAGAACUCUCCUCUGAUGAUGAGAUGAAAAUGGCAGAAAUGCGACCACCACUGAUAGAAACCUCCAUAAACCAACCAAAAGUGGUAGCUCUUGGCAAUAACAAAAAAGGUGAUCCAAAAGAUGCUGAUUCCUUAUCGGAUGAAGCUACCCACAAUAGCAAUCAGAAUAACAGCAACUGUUCCUCUCCUUCUCGAAUGUCAGAUUCUGUUUCCUUAAAUACUGAUAGUAGCCAAGAUAUUUCUCUCUGUUCUCCAGACAAAGAAACACAUGCUGCUGUUUUAUCCAAGAUCAGGCAAGAAGAUGAAAAUUUGAAUAAUCUUUUACAAAAUGGAGGUGAAUUGAGCAUUACCGUAGAAGAAAAAAUAAAUGUGCAAGAGAAGGUUCCAAAUUUGUCUGAAUAUGAGUUAAGCAUUGAAGAAAGAUUAGGCCUGAUAGGAAAAAGUGUUGAUCUAAGCACUGCUAUGGAGGAGUCUCACAAAUUAGAUCAAAUAAACAUGAAUAUCAAUAAACUGGUAAAUGAAGAUGCAGUGCCAGUUCCUGUAGAAAGGUUACAGACAGAGGAAAUUGUUUCAGUAAAGGGCUUUUUGAAUAACAACGUGAAAGAAGAAAGUGAGCACUUGGCAAAUGGAAAUAAAUAUCCUAUAAAUAAAGUAAAUGGACAUCCUGAGGAAGCAGUACAGUCUCCCAGUAAAGACGAACUACCGAGAAGCACUACAGUUGAUGGCAAUUCUGCUGAGCUAUCUGUUUCAAGGAGCACUGAAGAUUUGUCCCCACAGAGAAGUGGUCCUGUGAUGAAAUCUCACAGUAUCACCAGUAUGGACGCUGGUGGUUUGAAAAUCUACGAUAUUGUCAAUGAGAAUGGAUCUCAACAGCCAAACUCAGUGGUAAAAUCAGCAUCUGAUAUUGCAGACGGAAAAAACAUAGUCCGAAGUAAAUCUGCUACUCUUCUGUAUGAUCAGCCUUUGCAGGUUUUUCCUGGGUCGUCAUCAUCAUCUGAUUUAGUAUCUUCUGCAAAAGCUGUGUUCAAGUUUGACUCAAAUCACAAUCCUGAAGGUGCUAAUGUAGUGAGAGGAUCUGUGACAAGUGGUGCACAGAUGUUCUGUGCUCCCCAGUAUAAUAUUCAGUACAGCAGCAGUGCAACAGCGAAAGAUACCUUGUGGCCCCAGAAACAAAACACCCAAGUAGAACAAGGCAGCUUACCUCCUUCACGUCUGCUGAGGUCUGACAGUGUAGAAGCCCCUAGCUAUGUAAAGCAUUCUGCCAAUAUGAAUUUCUCCAAUCACAACAAUGUCCGAGCCAGCACUGUGUAUAACGCUCAUCAACGGAUGGCUGGGAGACAUACAGACAUGUGGGCUAUUCCACCGAAUGAUAGACUGCUCCCAGGAGUAACCAGGCACACACUUCAAAGACAGAGCAGUAUAUCUUCUACAGCUUCUAUAAAUGUUGGGGAUAUUGGACCUUCAAGGCGAACCCAGGUUCCUGAAGGGGAUUAUUUAACAUACAGAGAUUUGCAUUCAAUGGGAAGAGUUCCACCAGUAAUGUCUGGGCAACAGAGACCUCUUUCUGCCAGGACAUACAGCAUUGAUGGUCCGAAUGUACCUCGACCACACAGUGCUCGGCCAUCGGUGAAUGAAAUACCAGAAAGAACUAUGUCAGUUAGUGACUUCAGUUACUCACGGACUAGCCCUUCAAAGAGAUCAAACCCAAGGGUUAACUCUGAACACUCUUUAUUAGACCCUCCAGGAAAGAGUAAAGUCCCUCAUGACUGGAGGGAACAGGUGCUGCGACAUAUUGAGGCUAAAAAGCUAGAAAAGAGCAUGCUGUCUGGGUCCUUUAAUUCCAAUUAUGCUGCAGUUAGCAGCUUUCACUAUGGCAGCUCUAGGGAUCUGCAUGGCAGCCAGGGUAGUGUUGCCUUGAGCGUUGCAGACAGAAGAGGUUCUGGUGUGCACGUUGUUCAACAUCCCCAGGCUUCUACUCCCGGAGACCAAGGCCAGGAUGAAGUAUUCAUUUCAGGACAGCAAAAUUACUCAUCUGCCACACUUAGUCUCAGAGAUGUUCCUCCAGACAGCAUGAAGAGAAUAGCUGUGCAGAUACCUUUGACAAACGGACAGAUGUGCCAACCUCAGAGACCUCAGGCAAACUACAGCCAAGUCCAUCACCUCCCUCCUCAGUCAUCAGUAGCAAGACAUCCGUCUAGAGAGCAAUUGAUUGAUUACCUGAUGUUGAAAGUUGCCCACCAACCUCCCUACACUCAGUCCCAGUGUUCUCCCAGACAAAGCCAUGAGUUGGCAAAGCAAGAGAUUCGAGUGAGAAUUGACAAGGAUCCAGAACUUGGAUUUAGUAUAUCAGGAGGAGUUGGUGGUAGAGGGAAUCCAUUCAGACCUGAAGAUGAUGGUAUCUUUGUAACCAGAGUGCAACCAGAAGGACCAGCAUCUAAGCUGUUGCAGCCUGGAGAUAAAAUAAUUCAGGCUAAUGGAUACAGCUUCAUCAAUAUCGAUCAUGGACAAGCAGUAUCUUUGCUAAAGACUUUUCAGAAUGCAGUGGAACUCAUCAUUGUGCGAGAAGUUUCUUCAUAAAUACUGUGGAUUGGGGGAAAAAGCCAGCAGGAUUCAUUUAAGGACAUAUGGGAAACUGAAUAUUUUGCCUAUUUUUAUACAUGAAAGGAACUUGAAAAGAAUUAUCAAAAUUUGUAUAGGAAAUACUGAACUUGUGGUUAAAGGGGAAAAAACCACUGUAUAGAACAUACAGGAAAUAAUUUUGAAAAUGCAUAUGGUGAAUAAACUUUUUAAGCAUUAUAGCAAUCUAAGGAUUACUCCUCCAAGAACAAACCUGUGGUUUUUUUUGUACACAUGGUAGGUUUAUUUUUGGAUAAUUCAUACACAUUACUAAACUUUGUGCAAGGCUUUGCAAAGCCUCAGUUGUAGCCAACGGACAGAUGGCAGGGCUGUCUGUCCUGUAGCUGUUUACUGCCUUUAUUUUUAUUCACCAGAUAUUAAUGUGUUACGCUAAAACCACUUCUGUAGAUAUGGACAGGAGAUAUGAAAUGUUGGCUUUGCUAUGUGCACAUUGUAUAGAUGAAUGGGUAGAUAGAAGGUGGUGCUGGUUGGACAGAAUAAAGGCCAGGCAAAACAACUAUCUGCUAUCUGUAUCUGGAAUCAGGAGAGAAGAAAAACUGUCUAGUUCUGGAGUGUACGUCUACCAAUAGAAAAUGCAAUAAAAGCUUAUGGUGUUUUUUAGGAAGACUGUAAUUACAAAUUUGUGAUAUUCUACAGGAUUUGUUAUUAAUGUAGCAAUUGAAUAUUCAUUUGCCAUAUGUGAUUCAUGUUUCGUUGGGUUUUCUUGCAUACAUAAUUCUUUCAACUGUACUGUGGAAAUGUGCCCAGAGGAUUUUCUCUGCUGUGGAAAUCCCCAGUUUUGUGCAAAUGGUGAUACUUCUAUCUUUAUAAAAAGUACUCCAUUCUAACAUUCUAGAUUUAAAAAAAUGAAACUGAAACGGCCAGUUUUUGUAAGGUUGUUGCCUGUAAUAUCUAUUUAAACACGGACAAAGUAAAUGAUGCAGGAAGGGUUAUGAAAGACUUCUCGAUUUGUUUGGCCUUUGCAUUGCCUUGUUAAUCAAAAAGGAAACCAUACGCAUGGUGCUAGGUAACCAAAGCAAGUUUGUGAAACUUUGGACAGUGAUGGAGAAUUGCUGUGGUGAGAUGGAGAGCAAAGGGAGGGUGUACUUACAACCCACCAGUUCGUAAUGAUGUUUCUUAAAGGGCUGUUCCUACAGGUAACAUUAAAUGUGAACUAGACACUUCAGAGUCAUUAAAGGGUUUCUAACUAUAUUAAUAUAAUAGUGAUUUACCACAGGCUGCCUUUGUUCCUUAUUACUGUAUAAACUAUUCAAUUAUGCUUCUAUUAAUUUUGUUUACCAGAAACAUUAACUUUAUUUUUCUCAUUUGUAUUUGAACAGACUGCAUAAUCUGCAGUGAUAAUUAAUACACGGUUGUUACGGACCAGGGGAAAGUGCCAUAGAAGACCAAUAACUGUUUCUAAUCAGGGCUAAUGACUAGCCUGCCAUUGGAGCAAUAUUCAAUUAUUGCAGUUCAUUUCUGAUUACUUAAGUUGGUAGUUUCAGACAGGUAUAAGUUGCUUUUUUCAACCCAUGUGUACAAAAGUAAAUGCUUACAAUAAAGCUAGCAAAACCACCAGCCUCCUUUAGUUUUCGGACAAUGAGCUGUAAGGGAGAGAAAUUACGCAUAGCUAGUGGUAAUAAACAGGCAGUACUUUUAAAAUAAGUGAACUCCAAUAUUAUUGCACUUCUUUCAGAGAUGUUAAGUAUUGCUUAUUGUACUGUGUAUAGGUCAAAUAACUUUAAUUGAAACCCUUUAACACUUUGUAUAUUGUAAUUCUUUUUAGUUUAUUUUCAGUAAUAUUUACAUAGAAAAUGAUUUUUUGAUAUAUUAGCAGAAAUGUGCUGUAUUUUGAUAAAAUUCACUUAUUUUCUGUGUGCUGUUAAUCUUCAAAGAAAAGAAUGAGAAACACAUAAUGGCAGGCUUCAGUCUUCCCCUUCUAAGAUGUGUUUUGUUGUUGUUUAGUUUCUUUUUUAAUUGAAAAUGCAAAAUGUUCACAUCACAUGUUCAUUACUUUAAUCUUGUUAUUUUUACCACACACUGCCUUUUAAAGGGAAUGCAUACAGACAAGUACUAAAUUACCUUGGUCUUCUACAUAACUUGUGUCUUUGGGAAGGAAAAAGUCCAAAAAGCAGAACUGAUUCUUUACUGAUCUUGGACUGACUUUGUAGACAUUUUGCAACACAUUUGAGUAUAUCACUGAGGAAUUAUACUGUAUUGUUUUUUACUUUAAUGGUAACAGAAGUGCUAAAUGUUGUUGUGUCAGUUAAUUUUCAGUUUAUGUAUCACAGGAAAUUUCUACCAAAAACUGUUUGGCUGUGGUAGAACUAUAGAAGUAGAGAUUUAUAGCAAGAAGUUUAGUACUUCUUGUGGAAAUACUUGGCCAAAGCUUGUCUGCAGUAAAUUAGAAAAUUAACCAUCUAAUAAAACAUGGGUUAUACUGAUUUUACUCAGUAAAUGUUGGAGUUUUCAGUGGAUUUAAAUGUGUUUGUUCCUUCAAUGUCUGUGUGUAAAGGUAAACACAUGUCAAACUAGAUACUUUUGCAGAGGCUGGGAGAAAGAUGUCUCCUGAAGUAGUCCAGCCAGGAUUCAGCACGAAGAGAGACAGUAUCGGCACUUUUCUUUUUGAAUGCAUCUUAAACUACAUUUUGAAUAGAAUAAAUUUCAUGAGCAGCCUAAGUUGCUCAGCAUGGGGAUGAAUUGAUGCAAACUCUUGUUAAUUCUUUCUGUUUUUAAUAGUUCAUUAAAGAAUCAGUUCAACUGAUGUAAUAAAAAGAUGAAGUCUCCCACAUAUUUAUUAUGUAAAUAUUUUUUCUUCUUUUGAAUGGAAUUAAAAAGAAAAAAAUGUGUAUAUACUUGAAAGCAUUCUAUUAACACAAACAUAGCAAUAAACAACACACAGAAUCAAACCUUUAUUAUUAUUUUGGUUUUGUUUAGAAAUACUCCCUUGUCAACAGCUACAAAAUGUUUUUAUUGAUCAGCAUUUAUUCAACAUUCCAAAUUUUUUGUAUAUAAUUAGACUGUUUCUGGGUAAGACAUGGAGAAUAGAUAAUAAACUAAUGCUCUUUAAA